CUGGCUCAGCGCGAGUACAGCUUCCCUGCUCCGCACCGCGACACAGCCGCCCACCGCUCCGCAAGACUGUAUAGUCAUACAAACAAUGAAUUCGUUUGCGAAAUAUCUACUCAUAUUCCUCGGCAUUUUCUCUGUAGUACUUAAUAUUGUGUUGAUAUGUUUGAAAUCGAAGAGAACGCCAGUAUGCUCCUCUCCGCUGCAUAGCGCACUGAAACGCAAAGGCGACAGCAGUAGCCUGGUGUUCGCCGAUCUGACCGCCGACGAAUACCGACAGGUUCGCGACUACAUGUGGAAUCAACCUGCUCUGGAUAUUGCCCGGGACUCGCAUGCAAAGCCUUCAGAAAACUUUAUCUUCAUGAUCGACCUGCAGCUGCCGAGGAAGGCCGAUGCGCUGCGCUUCUUGGAUAAAGGCGCAGCAAAACCCGAAAGGAACGCCAGAGUGGUGGUGUUCCACGGGACCUUGGGGCAGAUUAAGGAGUAUGUGGUGGGACCGCUCCCGAUUCCCACCUACCACACGGACGUGACUCGAAUUAAAUACAAAGCUGACGUGCCGCUUUCCUCCCGAACUGUCACCAUUGGGGAAUAUUCGCUACUUUUCAAUUUCCUCGGAAGAGAGUUAUUCGGGAAGCUCGAUAAAAUUUUAAAAGAAAGCUUCGACAUCGGCACGGGCAAGGCGCUGCUUCCGUACGAGGCGAUGCCGAGGGGUAUUCGGUUUGGACAAAGAGUGACAUGGAUGUCAUUCUUUCGGGAUAUGAGUGGCAUGUACAUUCACCCGGUAGGAUUUGAGGUUUUGGUGAAUCACAGCAGUACAAAUGCCUCCAAAUGGACCAUAGAUAAAUUGUUGUACAACGGGCAGUACUUUGAUAGCGUGGAAGAACUAAUACAAAAGUACAAUGCUGGAAAUAUCAACAAGAUCGUGUAUAAAGAUAUGCCAAAUUAUGGAUCGUUGAAGCCCAAGGUAAAACCAAUUGGUAUAAAUCCGCAGCAAAGUUAUCUUCAGGGUAAUCGCUUCAGUGUUCAGAAUAACCAGGUGUUGUACUUGGACUGGAGUUUUGCGUUUGGCCUUAGUUCCUCUACGGGCAUGCGAGUCUUUGACAUCCGCUUCAAAGGGGAGAGAAUCGCGUACGAGUUGAGUGUUCAGGAGGCCAUGUCUGUGUACGGCUCCAACACGCCAGGACUGAUUCUCACAAAGUUCCUGGACGCCAGCAUCGGGAUAGGACGGUUUGCGCACGAGCUCGCGCGUGGCGUGGACUGCCCGUACAACGCCGUUUACGUGGACACUGUCCGUUACAUUGACAUCACCGAGCCCAAGACGUUCAAAAACUCCAUCUGCAUCUUCGAGCACGACACGGGCCGUCCACUCAGGAGACACUUUUCCGACUUUUUCAGUAACAGCUACGGAGGCUUAGCGAACAGCGUCUUGGUCUUCAGAACUAUAACUGCGAUAGGAAACUACGACUACAUAUGGGACUUCAUCUUCUACCAGAGUGGCUCCGUGGAGGCCAAAGUGCACGCCACUGGCUACAUCUCAUCGUCCUACAAAAUUCAUGGAAGUCUGAAAUAUGGCCACCAGGUGGCAGAAAACACUAUUGGCAACAUUCACACUCACUUCAUCAACUUCAAGGUUGACUUGGAUGUGUUGGGUGUAAAAAACAUGUUCCAGGUCAAAGACAUGACGUUUAAGGAGGUGGAGCUGCCCUGGUUACCUGGGCAGACGGCGAAGGUGCCGCACCUGGUGGAAAAGACGCUGAGGACGGAAAAGGAGGCUGCGCAACGCAACGGCGAAAAGAUUCCCCGCUACCUUCACAUCGCGAGCAACCAGACCAACCGCUGGGGCCACCAGCGUUCCUACAGGCUGCAGGUGAUCAGCUUCACCGGAGAACACCUGCCAGAGGGAGUUCCCGAGGAGAAGUCCAUGUCCUGGGCACGGUAUAAAGUGGCCAUCACCAAGCACAAAGAUGAGGAGGAGUCGAGCACCAGCCUGCACAGUCAGAACGGCAUGUUGAACCCGCCUGUCGACUUCAGCACAUUCAUAGAUGACAACGAGAACAUAAUGGAACAGGACCUGGUUGCCUGGGUGACCACCGGGUUCCUCCACAUCCCACACGCAGAGGACAUCCCCAACACGGUAACCGUGGGCAACGGGGGCGGGGUCAUCCUGAGGCCGCACAACUACUUCGACCAGGACCCGUCGGUGGACUCCCCCGACGCGGCCUACAUUCACCCCACCUCCCCCGAGCAGUGCGAGAACAACAGAAUGGCGUGUCUGGCCCAAGAGACCUGUCACCAGGAGCUCCCGCCCUUCACCUACAACGCCUUCGACGGGGUCAUGGUGUUUUGAGUGAGAGCAGCCAGGCGGAGGAACGUAGCUCCCGUGUCGGGAGACGGGGGCGGCUCUGCCCCAGAGCUGGACAUGCGGCCGUCCCCCUGGGUGCUUCCCACCAAAGAGACUGCAGUAAUCAGGGAUACCAGGAGUCCGUGCUGAGGACUAUAAAACCUUCAUUGCUACUGUAUGUUGGGGUUGUGCUUGAAUCUGCGGACUAAGCUGGUAUAAUGUGGUUUAACGGCGAUGUACAUACAUGAAUGCAAGCAAGAUAUUUUCAUAUCGGAAUGUUUGGGGCUGACAUUAAACUCGGGCACUUAUUUUACGUUCAGAAUGUUGCGGUGUGUUUAGAGAAAUUACAAUUCCGCAUUCAUUAAGAUUCGCAAUUUACUCACUCGCUUUACUGUUGUGCUGCCCAAGGUUGGCUUUGUUAUGUCAGUUAACAUCAGCAUAACCACAUAACAUUAGGCACUAGAACCCCUGGACCAGUCAUGCUUUUUUCUAAAUGGCAAAUACUUUCACGUAAACUUUUUUGCAUUUUCAAGGUUGAAUUUAGUCCUAUGUUAAGAAAUCCAAAACAUUGUGGCUUUGUAAUUAUAAGGUUCUAUCUGUGUUCUGACUAGUUUUGAGAUAUUGAGCUUCAAAGCUUUCCGAACUGAAACACAGGACAGUUCUUGAUAGUAAAAAUGAUAGACACCCUAAAAGUACUCAACAUACAAUAUGAAACUCCAAUCAAAUUGCCCUAUAGACAGCGCCAUAUAAUUCUAAUGUCAUGCCUUGUUUAUGUUUUGUGUUCUUCAGAUGACAUGUGGAACUUAUUAAAGAUGCAAUACCUUUCAGGGUCUCGAA